CUCCCCUCCACCCUUUCUACUGCUUGAUUGCCUCCAUUGGUGAAGAUCAUCAACCGUCAUCAAGUCCAUCAAGUCAAUUACGUCCAAGUGUUGAAGGCGAAAUGGCGCCCCUUGACAGCUCAUCCAUUCAGCCCGUCGAGAAUAAUUUCGAGCUGCUAUGUUCACUGAAAUGCAACAACUUGAUACCCGUGAGCAAGUACCGCUCACCCCGCACGGGGUUGACUGUGGUCAUAGCCAGCGUCGAGGGUCCGGUUGUGAAGGGUUACUUCACUGUUGCUACGGAGGCACCUGAUGAUGAUGGAUUGCCGCACACACUGGAACAUCUCAUCUUCCUGGGCAGUGAGCAGUAUCCUUACAAGGGUGUUUUGGAUCUUUUGGCCAACCGAUGCCUUGCUUCAGGAACAAAUGCGUGGACAGAUACUGAUCAUACAUGCUAUACAAUGAUGACUGCUGGCAGUGAAGGAUUCCUUACUUUGAUGCCCAUUUAUGUGGAUCAUAUUCUUUACCCUUUACUGAAUGAUUCCGGCUUUGUCACUGAAGUCCAUCACGUGACUGGCAAAGGUGAAGAUGCAGGUGUUGUCUACUGUGAAAUGCAAGGCCGAGAAAACUCUGGUGAAUCACUAUCUUACAUUGAGAUGAAGAGAGCUAUGUACCCUGAGCCAUGUAGUUACAGGUAUGAUGAGGGUGGAAUAAUGAAAAAUCUGAGAGAAACUUGCAGCAAUGUUAAGGUUCGCAACUAUCACAAGAAGUAUUACCGCCCAGAAAACUUGACACUCAUCAUUGCUGGUCAAGUGAAGCCAGAAGAUGUCUUUGCAGCUCUAGCACCAAUUGAAAGCAAAAUUGUUUCCAAAGGUGAGAGAGGUGCUUUUGAGAAGCCUUGGCAGAGUCCUAUCCCUGACUUUGCUGCUUCUGUUGACAAGGAAAUAGUCUACUCUUGUGAUGAGGAGGAUAAUGGCAUGGUCUUUGUUGGGUGGAGGGGACCAUCAGCUGUGACAGAUUUGCAUGGGAUAACCGCUUGCUGUCUCCUGCUCAAAUAUUUGUGUGAUACAUCUGCAAGCCCUCUUCAGCAAGAGUUUGUUGAAAAUGAUGAUCCCUGUGCUAGUAAUGUUUCAUUUUCAUUAGCUGAGAAUAAGGAGGCCAUGAUUUAUAUUGUAUUUUCAAAUGUACCGAUUCAAAAGCUCAAUGUUAUCAAAUCCAAAUUGGAUGCAAGAUUAAAAAAGUUUGUGGAUGGUGAAGAGCAUAUUGAUAUGAAUAGAAUGCAAACUGUGGUGAACAGGCACCGUCAAGAAACUUUGAGCCAUUUGGAAACAAACCCUCAUGAUGCUGUGGCUUUUAUGGUUAUUGCGGAUAUGUUGUAUGGCACCAGCAAGGAUGAUCUUCAUGAACGGCUAAAUAUUCUAGAAAUCCUAGACAAAUUAGUCACAGAAAAUGAAGCAUACUGGAUUAAUCUUUUGAACCAGUAUCUUCUGAAGAACAAGAGUGCCACAAUCCGAGGCAGGCCUAGCCAGGUUGAACGACAGCGUUUAUCAGAUGAAGAAGAAAAGCGUAUUGAGAAGCAGAGGAAAGAUCUAGGACCUGAAGGUCUGAAAAAAUGUGAAAAAGACCUAGAGGAUGCCAUUGCCCACAAUGAGCUACCACCCCCUGAAGCUAUGCUCCGAAGUGUUGCAAUCCCUGAUGCAUCCUCUAUCAACUUCCAUCCCAUUGAGCGUUUCUCCAGUGAUUCUCCAAAGCAGCACCCUAAUCUCCCUCUGGAUAAAGUACCUGUAUUUACACAAGCCGACCAUGUCCACACAAACUUCAUUUAUAUUUACCUUUUGAUGGAUUCAGUUAGUCUCACCCCAGAGCUCCGGCCAUACCUUACGCUGCUUAUUGAAGCUUUCAUGGAACUUCCCAUUAAUGAAGAUGGAAAGCUAAUCUCAUAUGAAGAUGUGGUAUCAGAGCUUGAAAGGGAUACAGUUUCCACAAGUGCAGCAAUUGGAGUGUCUGGCGGAUCUCGCUUUGUUUGUGGAUCUUACAGUGCCACUGCAUUCAUGUCAAUUCAGUGUGAACCAGCCAAGUUCAAAAAAGCAAUACAAUGGCUCAACAAACUUUUGUACAAAACUGUUUUGGAUGCUGACCGAAUCAAAACAAUUGCUACCAAGCUUGUUAAUGAUGUUGCUCGCUUGAAACGCAAUGGCUCGAAAAUGUCAUCAGCACUUAUGAAGGGAAUCAGAUUUGUUAAAGAGAGUAACCACUAUGCAGCAAGUGUUCUGAGGCAGCAGAAAUUCCUCACAACUUUAAUUGAGAAGUUGGGGAAUCCUGAUGAUGCUAAAGUUGUGAUGGCUGAUUUGGAAAAAGUUCGUCAAAUAAUCACAGCUCCCAAAAACCUUGUGCUGCACAUUGCAUCAAAUCUAGAUGAACUGCCUUCUCACUUGAAACCUGAUACUCCAGUUGAUGUUCUGUCUGGUUUACUCCCAAGUGAUAUCAAAUCUGUUGUUCAAAAGUUGAAUGUAACUCCAGACUGGACAUUGGUGUGCCCUCCUGGAGAUUCUCCAAACCCAAGUUGUGCAGUUGGUAUGGGUUGCAUUGAGUCAGCAUUUUUGGUUCAGAGCAUUCCAUGCAUCAAAAGCCCAAUGGAUGAAGAUCUGGCUCCCCUUUUAGUGUACCUUCAGUACCUGUCUCAACUUGAGGGACCAAUGUGGAAGCAAAUUAGAGGACAAGGUCUGUCUUACAGUUACAGUGUGUUCCCUAGUACCCAUGAAGGAUUGCUUUAUUUGGUCUUGUACAGAGCUACCAAUGUUGUUGCUGCAUACAAGGAAGCUCGAAACAUUUUGGAAGGGCACCUGAAGGAUGCCAGUACAUUUGAAGGAACUCUGCUUGAAUCAGCUCGGAGCUCCCUGAUUUUUGAAAUCAUUCACCAGGAAAGAAGUGUGGGACACUUAGUUGGCCAGUCAAUUUUGUGGUACUUCAAGGGUGUAGACCAGUAUUAUAACAGCAACCUGGUCAAACAAAUUGCUUCAGUAACUGCAGAGGAUAUGGCUCGUGUUGCACCCAAGUAUGUUCCUGCUCUUUUCAAGUCUGAGAACAGCCGCUUGACUGUUGUUGUUCACACCUCUAAAGCUGUUGAAGUUGCUGCAGAAUUCAAGGAGUUGGGUGUUGAUGUUAAGGUCUAUCCCACUCUUGAGGAUAGUUACUUGUCCCAAUGGUAAACUAAACUGUCCCACAGAAUUCUUCUUUACCAGUGAUGUCAUGAUCUACUUUUAUUGUAUCUAUUUUUUGUCACCGUACUUUGUCAGCAUUAGUAUUUACUGUUAUGGCCUCAAUCCACUUCAAUGUUCCUUAGAUGUUUCAUGAUAUUUUUGUUGACUAGUCCUUGCUUGCUGUGCUUUUUACAUUGUAUUAAACUAGAAUCAUUGUUUUGUA